CAAGCAAAGAAAAGAGAAAGAAAGGGAUUGGGUAGGUGAAGAUAUCUACAGUGAUUAGAAACACAAGAAGCAAAAAGAAAAGAUAUAUAAGUAUCACUUUCCUCAUUCUUCUCUCCAACUCACAAAUUCUCCACUUCUCCUCCUCCAAUUCUACACCCAAUUUCCUGAUCAAUCAAACAGCUAUAACUCAAAAUGGGUUCAGGCCAUCACAGCAAACACAAAGGUGAUCAUCAUGAAGAAGAAGAAGAUUCCAAAGAUAAACAAGAAGAACAAGCAUGUAUGUUCGCAUUACAAUUGGCUAGUGCAUCAGUACCAGUGAUGGUAUUGAGAGCUGCAAUUGAAAUGGAUGUUUUGGAGAUAAUGAACAGAGCUGGUCCAGGUUCUGAACUUAGUGCUGCGUAUAUUGCAUCGCAGAUUCUUAAUGUUACGAACCCGAAUGCUAGUAUCAUGCUUGACCGUAUGUUGAGAUUAUUGGCUAGUUAUAAGAUUCUUUCUUGUUCUGACAGAACUCUUGAUGAUGGCACAACUGAGAGAGUCUAUGGUCUUGAACUUGUUUGCAAGUUUCUUGUUAAGGAUGAUGAUGGUGUUUCAAUGGCUCCUUUGCUUCUGAUGAACCAGGAUAAGAUCUUAUUGGAGAGCUGGUUCCAUUUGAAAGACGCGGUUGUUACCGGCGGUAUCCCAUUUAAUUUGGCAUACGGCAUGAACGCAUUCGAAUACCCAGCAACAGAUGCAAGGUUCAACACGGUGUUCAACAAAGGAAUGUCAGAUCACACCGCAAUUUUCAUGAAGAAGAUUUUAGAAACGUACAAAGGUUUCGAAGGUAUAAAUUCCAUCGUAGACGUUGGCGGAGGCGUCGGUGUCAGUCUAGACAUGAUUCUCACCAAGUACCCAUCCAUGAAAGGUAUUAACUUCGACUUACCUCACGUAAUCAAAGACGCUCCAGUUUACGAAUCCGCAGUCGAACAUGUCGGAGGAGAUAUGUUUGUGAGUGUUCCAAAAGGGACUGAUGCUGUAUUCAUGAAAUGGAUUCUACAUGACUGGAGUGAUGAGUUCUGUACCAAAGUUUUGAAGAAUAUUCAUGAUGCUUUACCUGAACAUGGUAAAUUGAUACUAGUGGAAUGCAUUAUUCCACCAACAUGUGAACCAACUCUUGAAGCUUUAGGUGUUUACCAUGUUGAUAACAUGAUGAUGGCUUAUAACCCUGGUGGCAAAGAAAGGACUGAGAAAGAAUUUGAUGCUUUGGCUAAAGCAACUGGAUUUUCUGGUGUUAAGCUUAUCUGUUCUGCUUUUAACACUUGGAUUAUGGAGUGCCACAAGAAUUAAUUAUGUCCGUCCAGUGUUUGUGCCUAUUUCCAUGAUCAGUUUCUUUUGUUAAUUUUGCUUUUCUGGUUUUAAGUUUCUUUUAUCUUACACUUUUUAUUUAUGUAAUGAUCGAUCAAUUUAAUAAAAAAAUAAUUGUGUUUAUGUUCGAACA